UUAGCAGGAAUAUUCAUCCAACGCUGAAACUAUUCUCUAUUUUCUUGGUAAUAUCACAUGAAAAUAUUUGAGGAGAUGGAGAAUGAAGAUGGCUACAUGAGGCUGAAUUUCAAGGAUCGUUUUAAAUCCAGGCAGAGAUCUAAAGAUUUUGCCCUGAAUCUACAUUAUUAUGGCAUUUUGCUAGCAUUUGGAUCCAUCGGGAUCCUUAUUUACCUGAUGACAGUGAUUGGCCUGAACUUUUCAAAUGAAAAAAUGGAUUUCUCACAGAAUGUAAAUAUCAGCAGCCUAGCAGGAAAUAAUUAUAUAUGCCCAAAUGACUGGCUGCUGAAUGAAGGGAAGUGUUACAAGUUUUCAACGUUUCCUAAAACUUGGAAUGAGAGUCAGCGUGAUUGUUCAAAGCUCCAGGCACAUUUGCCGGUGAUUCACAAUUUGAAAGAGCUGGAAUUCAUACAGAAGAGUUUAAAACCUGGAUGUCCUAGUUGGAUUGGAUUAUACGUUAUAUCCCCAGGAAAGCAAUGGAUGUGGAUAAAUGAACACCCUCUUGUGGAACUAAAUCAUUUUUCGAUGAUUGGACCAACUGAUAGCAUGAGCUGUGCUGUCACAACAAGAAAUCAAGUGUAUUCUGAAGACUGUGGCUCCAAAUUUAAUGGCAUUUGCCAGAGAGAUGUUUCCUGAACAAUAAAAGCAAAUCUGUGCAUUU